AUGGAGCUUGUUCCUUCAUCCCUGCAGGCUCAGUACCAGCGUGGCCUGGCCUUGUGUCAGGAGGCAGCUGAGGUGCAGGACGCAGCUUUCCCGGAGGCACAUCCCUUCCAGGUGGCUGCAGCCCUUUUCCGGAGGAAGCUGCUGAGGUUCCAGGGGCAGGUGGAGCAGCGGCAGGGGGGGCGGGAGCUGCUGCGGGAGCUCGGACGCUUCUCCAGCAAGAUCGGGGGGCUGAAGGUGGGCUGCAGGCAGUGCUGGGGCCGGGGGCCGCGCGGGGAGGGCCAGGCCCUGCAGUGCCUGCAGAGCUCCUUCCAGAAGCUGUCGGUGGAGCUUGCCCUGGAGAAGCUGCAGGAGAUGGAGGCUCAGGUGUGCAGGAUGCAGAGCAGCCGAGGGCUGGCAGUCUGGACCCAGGCAUGGCACAGCUACCAGGUGAGCCGGCAGAUCCUGGAGGAGAUGCUGGCAGAGCUGCAGGAGGCCUGGGGAGCACCAGGCGAUGGGCAGGGAGAUGCCUUUGGCUUCUCCAGCUCGGGCUCUGCAGCCCCUUGCAAGGAAGAGCUGGUGCUGGAGACGUGGGACCUGCAGCGUGAGCAGAACGGGCAGCAGCACCGGACAGCGCAGCUGGGGCAGCAGCAGCUGGUGGUGCGGCGGGGACAGCCCUUCACCAUCACCCUGCACUUCUCGGGCAGGAGCUACGAGGAGGGGGUGGACAAGCUCGCCUUCAAUGUCGAGACGGGACCCUGCCCCAUUGAGACGUCGGGAACAAGAUGCCACUUUGCCAUGACCGACUUCCCGGAGGAAUCGGGCUGGAGCGCGGUGGUCCAGCAGCAGGACGGGGACGCGCUCUCGGUCUCGCUCUGCUCGCCCCCCAGCGCCCGCAUCGGCCGCUACAGCCUGACCCUGGAGACCUCCACGGACUACCAGGGUAGCAGCUACCACCUCGGGGACUUCGUUCUGCUCUUUAACGCCUGGCACCCAGAGGACACAGUUUUCCUCCGGGACGAGAACGAGCGCAGCGAGUACGUGCUGGCCCAGGAGGGGCUCAUUUACCAGGGUUCCCGGGACUAUAUCACCUCCAUCCCCUGGAACUUCGGCCAGUUCGAGGAAGACAUCUUGACCAUCUGCCUCAACCUGCUGGACACCAACCCCAAAUUCCUUAGGGACCAGAACAAGGACUGCUCCCGCCGCAAUGACCCCGUGUACAUCGGCAGGGUGGUGAGCGCCAUGGUCAAUUGUAACGAUGAGGACCGGGGGGUGCUGGCAGGAAGGUGGGACAACUGUUAUGAAGAUGGGAUGAGCCCGAUGUCCUGGAUUGGGAGUGUGGAUAUUCUCAGGAGGUGGAAGAAGUUUGGGUGUCAGCCAGUCAAGUAUGGCCAGUGCUGGGUCUUUGCUGCUGUGGCGUGUACUGUCAUGCGGUGCCUGGGCAUCCCCAGCCGGGUGGUGACCAACUACUACUCAGCCCACGACACCAACGGCAACCUGGUCAUCGACCGCUACCUCAGCGAGACAGGGGAGGAGGCCCAGCGCUCCAAGGACAUGAUCUGGAACUAUCACUGCUGGGUGGAGUCCUGGAUGGCCCGUCCAGACCUGGCAGCAGGCUAUGAUGGGUGGCAGGCACUGGACCCCACGCCCCAGGAGAAGAGUGAAGGGGUUUUCUGCUGCGGGCCAGCCCCUGUCAAGGCCAUCAAGGAGGGAGACCUGCAGAUGAAGUACGACAUCCCCUUCGUCUUCGCGGAGGUGAACGCUGACGUGGUGUACUGGGUGGUGGGGCCUGACGGGACACGGAAGAAGAGCACCCACUCCUCAGUGGUGGGGAAGAACAUCAGCACCAAGAGCGUGGGCAGGGACGGCAGGGAGGACAUCACCCACAACUACAAGUACCCAGAGGGGUCUGAAAAGGAGAGACAAGUGUUUGCAAAGGCAGAGCGCGAGACAAGGUCUCUGAGGGAGGAGGACGAGGGGCUGCACCUCAAGAUCAAGCUGUCGGAGGGUGCGAACAACGGCAGCGACUUCACGGUCUUCGCUGUCAUCAACAACAACACGGACACGGAGCGGGUCUGCAGGCUGAUGCUCUGCGCCCGCACCGCCAGCUACAACGGCAUCGUGGGGCCCCAGUGCGGCUUGAAGGACCUGCUGACCCUCACCAUGGAGCCCUGGGAAGAGAAGCGUGUUCCUCUACUCAUCCUGUAUGAGAAGUACAGGGAGAGCCUGACCCAGGACAACAUCAUCAAGGUGGUGGCUCUCCUGACUGAGUACCAGACCGGUGACAUCAUUGUGGCCAUCAGAGAUGUCUACAUCCAGAACCCAGAGAUCAAGAUCAGGAUUUUGGGGGAGCCGAUGCAGAAUCGGAAGCUGGUGGCAGAGAUCAGCCUGGUGAACCCCCUCACAGCCCCCCUGAACAACUGCGUGUUCGUGGUGGAGGGCACGGGCCUCACUGAUGGGCAGCAGUCCAAGGAGCUCGAGGAGCCGGUGGAGCCGCAGGCAGAGGAGAAGCGUGUUCCUCUACUCAUCCUGUAUGAGAAGUACAGGGAGAGCCUGACCCAGGACAACAUCAUCAAGGUGGUGGCUCUCCUGACUGAGUACCAGACCGGUGACAUCAUUGUGGCCAUCAGAGAUGUCUACAUCCAGAACCCAGAGAUCAAGAUCAGGAUUUUGGGGGAGCCGAUGCAGAAUCGGAAGCUGGUGGCAGAGAUCAGCCUGGUGAACCCCCUCACAGCCCCCCUGAACAACUGCGUGUUCGUGGUGGAGGGCACGGGCCUCACUGAUGGGCAGCAGUCCAAGGAGCUGUAA